UCGGAUUCGGAUACUGUGAGUUUGUCUACUUUGAUGAUGAAUUCUGGAAAUGUGCGUAUGACUAUGGGUUCCAACCCAUCUCAUGGUCCUGGAGCUUGUCAACUGGGUGAUACCUACGGGCCAGCCGGGUACACGCUAGAUCCUGGAGCCGAUGCAUUAUUGCAGACCGGUACCAGUCCAACUUCGUCUGCCAGUGGACCAGCCACGAAUGUGAUGACAGAGUCUACCACUUCGGUAACUGGGGUCUCCUCUUCGAAUCUGAAUGCCGCUACGGCCACCGCUGUCGGACUAAUGACAGGUUCGGGAUCUGUGCACACAGUUGGGUCCAGUCUCGAUGCGCAUUGGGAAUCGCGGUUAUGGGCCGAUCUGAUGUGGCUUGCAAAUCAGGCCAUGGGUGCUUUGGCUUGUUGUGGACCGAUCUAUGACCCACAUGCGUUGUUUGCAGACCAUAUGAUGAUGGGCGCGGAUCCGUCUACCUCCAGUUUGAGUGGUUCAGAGUUCCAAUCCACGAUUGGAUCCCAACCCAGCCCGGGGUACAUUUUGCGUUGGGUUUCCGGGUUGCUAAUCGCUCGUGACGUGGUGCUCAGUUCAAGCCCUUGGCUUUGGCACUGCCCGAUUGUUGAUACCGGUUUAUGUCNNNNACGCCGGUUAGACUCGCUCUUGCGACAGUUGGGUGAGGAGACCCUGACAUUAUUGUUGGAUUUGAAUCAAGCAUCUUACACUCUGCUGAAUUGGACCAUUGACCAGUGCUAUACAAGUAAUAAUGUGGCUCUUGCGAAUGCCUGUUUCUUUGCAAUCAGUCGAGUUAUCUGUAACAUCCCAGAUUUCCCCUGUGAUUUCAUCCCACUGCUCACUCUGGCCAUGGUACAUUUGGAUCAUCCCCAAAAGUCCUUGUCCGACCGUGCUGUGCAUCUGUUGCGUGUUCUCUAUUAUCGAUUUGUGAUCAAGCCUGGGAUGCUCAUUCAUGAACAUGUCCAUCUGAACGAGGCCACUGCACAUCCGUGUCUCUGGGAGCGCGAUUCCUCUGUCAGUCCUCAGUCGGGACAUGAGACCAUCUCAUCUUUGUGUGCGGAAACGAAGGUCAACCUGCAAUUGUGGCAGUCAAUUUUGCGUUGGAGUCCGGCCGAAGUGGUUCGCCAGUUCGCUGCACAGCAUCCCGACUUCACUUUGCCCAUCUUCUCCGAAAUCACUCGACAGAUGGGUACAGCCCGUAGUGGGUUGCGUGUCCCACUUCUUCGUUUGUUAUUACCCUGGAUGAUCAACGUCGAACUGAUCGACCUAAUUGGGGAUAGUGAGGCAGACAAUCAUGGUGACGGACCUAUCAAAAAUCGUGGACUAUCUGGUCAUAUGGCUGGGGACUGUUCUGAUGACGAGCCGAACGAGUUGCGUCCGCGUAAAUGUAGGCGACAACGCCAAGCAGCUCCUCGGUCGGGCAGACUAGGUGGGCAUGCCUCUGUCCACGACCGAGUUGAUGGAGAAGACGAAGCUGAUGAUGACAAUGACAAUGAUAUUGUAAACUAUGAGAAUGAUAGAGAGGAGGAUGAAGAUGUUGACGACCGCCUUGUGGCUGGUGCUAAUGUCGGUGUCAUUGAUAUGGGGAGUGAAACAGAAGAUAGUGAAGAGGAUGAAAUGGCGAAUGAUGAUGAUAGCGCGUUUGUUCCUAGUCAUUUCACUCAGAAAACUGUCGAUUAUCACGUGCUUGACCAACACUAUACAGAACGCAUUCAAACAUCACAGCCACAUACGUGUUCACGGGGAGAUGAACACGCACCAGUUUACUCGGAUGUAUUGGACAGUGAUGCUGACAAUGAACUGGAAGUUUCCACGACUCUUUUGGGCUCCCGUUUUCGCUCUAUAAUGACUGAACGUUCAAAAGCGGAAACUGUACCCUUGGUCGGCCCGCACGGUGAGGCGGACCUGAAGCAUGGAGUUCGACCGCGUUGGCUGACAGACUCAGCUCGCAGGCCACAUGGAUCUUCCUUCCGGAAUACUUAUCACGCGGAUUUCUGGUCGACCGUUCCACCAACUCUGCGCACUGACGGCUGGGGCUCUAAACAAGCUACUGAACUGGUGCUCAACAAUCUAUUCUAUCUCACACUACGCCUGGCUGAAUGUCCAGCCUCAUCGGAUUGUCUGACGCAGCUGUGGACUACUCUGGUACGAUAUCGACCGACCAAUUUGCGUGUGAUCUUGCGCUAUCUCAUUGUGAUCACGUCCAUUGCACCGGCUACAUUAUUAUUGCAUGCCAAACGAUUGGUCACAUACUUGGCUUGUGAGCAUCCAGAAUCUGUUCUGGAGGAACUGGUCUUUGAAAUGCAAACUAUCGAUGGAAUCGGUCUGACCGUGGAGCGCACAGCCAAACUCCCGUUCUUUCGUAUUACAACAAAUGCAUCACGCGCUCGUGAUAUGAUGGAAUCGACUACAGAGACAGUUGCCGCCACAGUGAAUAGGUCAGCCUCACCCGGUCCAACUACUGAUCAUCUUACGAAUCAACUUCCUGCCGGAUCGGACCAAUCUACUAAAUCCAUCCAAGCCGUGUUAAAGGCCGUUCAACGUGAAUCUACCCAUUCGGUGGACCCGGAACUAGUGGCUAUCGAUCUGGCAGUCUCGGAGAAUAUUGGUGCUUUGAAGCCGGAAAGGAAAUUCGGUCGGAAUCGAGGAAGCGCAUUGCCGUUCUUUCAUAAUAAACGUCAUACUACAGAGGAAACCGGUGAUGGAUCUGGUCGAUUGAUCAAACGUCGUCCCAAAUCUGCUACAAGUCAUCCAUCUCCACGAUCAUCGUCCGCGACCGCCCAACACAACAAGUUGCCGGAAACAGCGUUACUGUCGACCGAAACAAAUGCAGUAUCAAUCGACCAACGAGCCGCGAGUACUGAUUCUAAUGCGGACCGAACACGUGCUGGGUCGGUUCCAAAUCAACUGACUUCCUCAGUUCCCCCAUCGAGAUUACCAACAGUGUUACCACCGCUUACUCCGGAUACCGAUGGGGAUGUUGAACUGGACGUGGAUGCACCAUAUGUCAUUUCAAAUGAAGGCCUUGGCGGUGCACGUGGUUUGCACGAAUUCAGUCCGGAGGACAAGUACGCUACACUUCGUGCGAAGGACUUCGCUCGUCUGUUGUUCACCCCGGUCGAGUCCAAAGAUCCGACUUUUAGCGCGGGUGGUGCCAGUGAACCGGAACUCCUUCCAGAUGAGCGUGGUCCACCUUUGACUAUCCGGCGGGGUACGUUGCCCAGUACGGAAGAUUCCCGUGAGCGAUAUUAUCAAAGUGGGGCUGCGCAAUGCAGUUCCGGAGUCAUUGGUGUCUCAGAUCCUCUUGGACGCUCAUCAUUCACCCGAUCACACGCACAACGACGCUGCAAGGUGAAGACCCGUUCUCAGCCACGUGGUCAACCUAAAACACCGUUGCACACUGUUUCUCUACCUCCUAACAUUGCCAGUCUUACCCCAAUACCUCUUCCGCUCCCGUCCAGCAUUCCGUCUCUGCCCAGCGUGUGGCUCACGUCCAUGCCCGAUAGACUCAGCACGAGCAGCGGAAGUAGUCCAAGAAGUACGGGGAAACGAGCAAGUGGAAAGUCACAAGCCGGUCCUUCAGCAUCAAUCACAAUGGAUGCAAUUCCUCUGGGGAAAGCCCGCUCCCAGCCAUUGGCUAUGCCCACUAACGGUGGUUACCAGGCGCCUCUGGGCACAUGGUUGGCGGAACCAUUGGUGAUUGGAGGUUCGGUGGUUUUUACUGGUAGUUGGCCUCUCUCUGGUGCUCGAUCACCCCUCGUGUUGCUCUUGGCUGGCGGUCUUACGCAGUGUACAUCUGUACAUCUCGACUGGAAUGCUCAUUUGCCCCUACUUUUGCUAUGUGUUCUGCUCGGUAUGGAUCAUUGCCGGGCAUUAGUACAGGAGGAAUGCAAACAGUUGCUUGUGUCAUUACUGAAUCUUGCCUGUCCCGAUCAGGAUGCGUUGAGACUGCUACGUCUCGAAUUGGAAGCCACUCUCUUGGCCACAGCCUACCCAUCCUCAUCCUCAUCGAGUCCACGAAAACCGAACUAUCGUUUGACUGUGGACGGUGGACCGUAUCGGGAAAGGUUUGAUCUAUUCGCAUACAUCCCACCCAUAACGGUCCAAUGUGAUGUCCCAUCACCACAAAGUCAGCCAACCCAAGCGAUACACGAAAAGUCUAUUCCGGACAUUGCAUUUUCUCAAUAUGUUCCCCCACGGAAACCCGAACGCCGUUUCGUAGGCUCACCGGGCACAGUUCGUGAUGUUACUCCCCAGGUUCAUCCAUUUAGUGGUGAAAACAGCCCACCACCCGGAGUUGUGAAUGUUUCUCAAGCUGUCACAGUUCAAUCACCUUUGAACGGGGCUCAAUGGACUGGAUCUACUUUCAGUCUGAUUAGUACAGCUACUCUGAUUCCUGGUCGAGAAGAAUGCACAAUACCAGAUGUGCGUCACACGUUGUGUGAUGUGGAUGAACAGCCAAACGACAAACCGCGAGCGGUUACCGGGCCUGAACGCCGAUUUUCCGGUCAACAGAUACCGCCAGACUCCGUUUCCGUUGCUCGUCCCAAGGCACAGAUACUUCGCACCAAACAGACGCGUGCAACCAAGCCGGUUCGGUCGGUCAAUACAGUUGCUGCUGACCCUUUAGCUCGUUCGGCUAGGGGUCGAACACUUCCCAUCGAUCCCAAACCCUUAUUGUCCGCGAUAGCCGAACUACGGGAAUUACUUCUUUCCAGUUCAGGACAGGCACUCUGGACAUGGGAAGACUUCAAUUUGCAACGUUUUCAGCACACAACCACGCAACAUUUAACGCACCCUGUGACCGGAACCACAACCACGGGGUCGAAUGCUUACCCGACCCGAACAGAUCAUGGCGGUUCGGAGACGGAUCAGUCCGGAUCAUCAACCGUUUCACGAGUUUCGGUCGAGUGUCUUGUCCGUAUUGUGGCCAGAAUACUCGCCCUGUCGAACGCAAGCAGUGCAGAAGAAGCUGAUAGUUGUCUGCUUUGUCAUCACGGUUCACCGCACUCGCAUUCGGCACGUCCUACCCGUUUGGGACGGUUCAGCACCUCACCAAACAACCACUGCAUGGUCGCUCGUUUGUCUCAGGCUGCACUAAGCAUGGGUCUGUCUUGUCCGAACAGGCACUACGCGAGUCGGUCAUUACAAAUCUUCCGUGUGCUCGGCGCGCAUUUGGACCCGAAAACUCUCACCAAACUUGUGGCUCGGUUAGGCGAGACCAUAGCGGAUGCGAAUGAAGAACUGCAGGGUUACGUAGCUGAAUUGUUCCUUACACAGGAAGCAGCAAUUGAACAUUUGCGAACGAAGAGCAACUGUAUCACUGAAAUAGUCAGUCCUAUACCUGUCUCAAACAGUCAGCCUCGUACUGCGCCGACUUCACCCCAUUGUGUCGGUCGAAUCGGAAUGACAAACGAGUCGAAUCACACGGCACUGGUCACGGUAUCCGAUCGGCGUCGACCACAACAACGUCACUCGACAUCCACUGGUCUGACCGCUGGACUGACCAAUUCAUGGACUCGACCUAACGGGGACCUGAGCCCCCGGCAACCAUCACAAAUCAUGGAUGAUGCGGGAUCGGUUAACGAGUCAUGUGAUAACGUCUCCCCAUUGGUCGUGCCUUCUGGCAGACACAAUCAACAACUGUCCCAACUCAGCUAUCCCAUCACACUGCUCACCCUGAUGCCCAUGCUCUUGACCGCGUGGGAUGAGGAUCCCGCAACACUUAGUCCCAAUUUCCCAGAACCCACCUGUGGGGAUUCACAACAACAACCCAGUGUACUUCAAGGUGGUUUUCUCGGUCGAGAUGUUUGUGGCUUCAGCAACACAAACACCGUACCAAGGGCCUUGGGUUCCUGGGCCAUGGUAGCUAUACCUCCCCGAAGCGCCUCUGUGAGCACCGGCACAUCGUCAACAUGCGCCCCACAGGCUCAAGCGCUACGGCUCGGUCGUGCGGAUAGUAUUGGAACCGGGAUGAUCGGUGCAUUUGGUCCGACAGGGUCCGGAUUGAACUUGACCAAUUUGGGAGGGACCACUAACUUUCCACGUAGCAUGUUGCCCACUCCUCUGCGACCACGAAAUCCGAUUUGCAUACAAGCUGCUGACGCCCUGGCCCAAGCCGCUUUACAGUUGGAUUCUAAUCGGCUAUACAAUCUGGCAUUGAUUCUUCGACUCUAUGCCAACGGAGCCUUUUCCAAAGAUGUCGAUCAAUGGGCCAAAUGUGUGGUCUGUUAUCUACUUGAGGGUUAUGCACAAUAUACCUCCCAAUUGUUGCAUCAUCUUACCACGCUUCUGACUACGGGGCCCACAUGUCUACAGAUGCCACUACUCAAAGUGGCUUAUUUACUCUUGGACCAGGUGGAUUUGCCCAAUACGGAUUUGGGCUAUACGUUGCAAAAUUUUAUCACUACAAUCACCGGUCAAUUUCUAGGUACUGUCUGCUGGCCCGAGGUCACCCGCAUUCUUCAAGUGAUCAUCUCGCGUUCCGCUGUGCUGGCCACAGUCUCACCCCCGAGUGCCUACACUCUGGCAGGUCUUGAUCCGUCUGGCAGUGGUAGGGUAUUAGAUUUGGCAGCCGCAGCUGCAGCUGUUGCUGUUCCCCUACCGGAAAGUGAACCACCUCGUUUGGAAUUGGCUGGUCCCGUAGUGGAUUGCUCAUUCAACAUGUUGCAUGAAGCACCUCUUCUUGCUCCGCAACUGGCAUUACCGAUCGGCAGUAUGAGCACUGGUUCAUCUCUGUUUGCAGCUGGUAACGGUCCUAAUGAUUACGAGCAACAAGCAGCUGGACCAGAAAGCCUAGCUCUCGCACCAUCCUUGCGUCGCAGUGACCCAACGCGCUCGAUGGACUCAGCUCUGGCCGAACUAUUUGUCAGUGCAGCUUCCUCAUGGAAUAAAUCUGGCAUUUGUCAGGCUCGUGUGCGAGAACGGUUGUACCGACUGAUCGGGUGUUACGGCCUCCCAGCCGAACAUCGGAUUUCAGUCCCGCGAAGCCCAUCGGUAAGUGAUUAUUAUCCGCGUUUACUUCGUACCUCGUCUGUAACUGGUGCAAAACGCCCUCGAGCGUUAAAAAUUCAUCAUGCUUUGCGCUGA